AUGAUUCGAACUGACGAUCCUUUCAUACCUGUUCUCCGACGAUUUUUGGAAUCAGGUUACGAGCCUUUCACAUCAUAUAGCUCCUAUAAUCCUGAUCCCGAGCAUCCUCUCAUAUUCCAUGACAGACAUAUCGCUUCUGCUCUGCUGCUAAAAACCGUCAAGCAUGCGCCUUGGAUUACGAAAGAGCUUUCCAGUCUUUGCGAGGACACCAUCAAAAACUUCACUGCGGCAGGGCACAAAUUUAUUGAAAAUCGCAACUACUGGGAAAAUUUCUGCCGGCCUUCUGAGUACGUCAGCUAUUGCGAUAAUAUAGCAGAACGGCACUAUGCUCGCACCAGCAUCCCCUGCAAUGCGUAUGCCUCAAAGUUGCUCUUCAGCCCGAAUGACCCACUCUGGUUUAGCUUCAUUAAUGUACGUAUAAGCGGAUCUGAAUGUCCUUCCUUUGGCUGCACUGGUGAUACUGCCAUAAUCAAACCUGAAGGGGAGGAUACAGGCGACAGGCAAUUCAAAAUUCCACCCGAAACUCGGUCGACGCUGGACAAUCGCGCACUAUCAAAUCUCAACAAGCUCAGGGACAUGGAAAAUAUUUUUAAUUACGAAUUUUUUGUUGCGACUAAAACGGCGGAGGCUUUACUAGACAGGAUGAGUUGCUGGGGGGAAUUCAAGUGGGAGAUGCCUACAGUCACAGGCGCUCCGGUGUUGCAAGCCUCGCUCCCUGGGAAAGACUCGCCUUUUAUUCAGUCUCUUUUUCCACUUCUAGGUGUGGAACCCCUUCGUCCUUUGCCCAUACACAUGGGAACUUCCUCUAGAAAGUCUGCCCACGCCCGCAAGGUUGUAGCUCCACUGACAAAUACUCGAAGGGCCGAGUCGAAAUAUAGGAUCAAUGUCCACCAUUACAUCCAAAAGGCGUGGCAAAAUGCAGUGCACACAGAUGCGACGUUUAUUGUUUUUUCCUGUGGCAGACAGGAGAGAAUUGCCAUUCGACAUCGUCAAAGCCAGACUCUGUUUUUGUCGGAUUUGAUUGAUCCCACAAAAAUACCUGGUUAUCGAAAGAUACAUCUUGGCCUUACAAUCGCCGCCAUCAAGGAUCGAUUAGAAAGGUGGGAUCCCAUAGAAGUUGAAAACCGGCGUCCUUCAAAACGUAAAGACCCUCCAGGGUAUUUAAAUAUUUAUAACAGUAUGAAGGACAAGGCGACAAGAAGGAAGCGAAGGCGAUUAAAUCCCGAAUUGGGGCUUACUUCUGUGGAAAUGGAUAAAAAGGCAUUCGACGAUGAGCUAGCCAAGCGGGACUUGGUGCUUUUCUAUCUGAAUUACUCCUACAUGAGUUCACCAGCACCGUCUUCAUUUCGACGUAUGGAACCUUCAUGCGCAUCGCGUCCCUUCCAAAACCAUUCAUACCAUUUCAAACGCAAAGCGUCAUAUUCACCAGCAAAAUAUAUCUUGGCGACUACAUACCAGGAUGAUAUUGGGAGUGGAGCAGUAGGAUUGGUAUACAGAGUCACGGUCGAGAUUGAAAUAGAGGAUGGGUCAAAACAUCAGCGCACACUCAUUCUCAAGCUUGCUAUUGGCAACAAAAAGGAUCAAAUUAUUCAAGAAUACGAGAUCUACAAACGGUUGGCCGAAGCUAAUGCUACGUAUGGAAUUGUUGGCGUCCACGGCCUAUUUCACGAUAUGGAAACGGAUGCUUUGAUGAUGAUCAUGGAUGAUGGAGGGAUGUCGCUGAGAACUCGCGCCAUUGAAAAAAAAUUAAAGAUUCAUUAUGAUUGGGAUGAUUCAGUUGAGACGACGGAGAAAGAACGGGAUGCCUUUACCAAGGCUCUUAAAGGCAUCCACCAUGCGCACGUAAUCCAUCAAGACAUUAGGAUUGACAACUUGAUGAUUAAUGAUGCUGGCGAUGUUUUCAUAAUCGAUUUCGAUAAUGGUAGAUAUGACCCCCUCCAUGAGUCAUUCGAGUACGAAAGAGAUUUGGAAGAACUAUUGACUGCAAUUGGGUGGCUGGAUAGCGACGACGACACAAGUGAAUCAGAUGAAGAUGAAGAUGAAGAUGAAGAUGAAGAUGAAGAUGAAGAUGAAGAUGAAGAUGAAGAUGAAGAUGAAGAUGAAGAUGGGGGCGAGGAGCAUGGGGACCAAACGUAA